AUGCUUCAACUCCCCAGCCUCACAGCCGCCGUGCUGGCAUUGGCCUCUCUCGCCUCUGCGCAGUGCGGCUCCGGGUCGCCCGCAGCCAGAGUCACAGGCUCAGGCGGCACCUUUAUUGCGAUGAAAGGGACACAGUCUCUAUACACAGGCACCGACUACUACCGCGCGAUCCAAAGCGCCGUCGACGGCAUCAGCAGCGGACAGCGCGUGUCCAUCAUGGCCUCGGGCAACAUUGGCGCCAACACCAUAACCAUUACCAGCGGCAAGACUUUCGAAGGAUGCGGUACCAUUACCGCGGCCAUCAAGAGCGGCAGAGGCAACAUCGAAGUGACGGACCAGUCUGGCGUCAACAUCCCGUACUUGACCAUGGCGGGCUCCACGUACUUUGGCAUGCGCUUCUCCGGCGCGCGCGACCUCACGCUGGGCAAGAUUAAUUUCAAUCUGCAGAACGGCAUGGGCAUCCGGUUUGAUCGCGAUCGCGCGGCGAAUACCAAUGUCAAGAUGGAUACUAUCACGUGCAAUGGCGGCACCUCGCACUGCGUCGAGACGUGGAAUAUCGAUCGCUUGGAGGUGGGUAGCGUCAUUGGCAAGAACGUCGGCGAGUGCGGAUUGUUGCUGCAGAAAGUGACGAAUGCGAAUGUGGGACUGGUUGACUGCGACAAUUGCGGUGCUGGAACGGGGUAUGCGGCUCUGCGCUUUGCGAAUGAAGCCGGAAAGCUGAAUGGCGCCUACUCGACCAACAUCCGUGUGUCGAGCGUCAAGGCGCGUGGAGGCGGUCGCGGCGUCUUUUGCGUAUCGCAGUCUGGUGGUGCGGAAAUCGGGACCGUCGACCUGGCCAACACCGGAAACAACGCGGUUCUGAUUGAGAACUGCUACAACGUCAACAUCAAGGGUGGAACGGUCAAUGGCGGCGGAGAAGUGCGUUUGUCGGCGAGAACGGAAUUUGCAAACAGCAAAGACAUUGCCAUCACGCUGCGUGUUGAUGGAACCACGGUCAGAGAGAGCCCCUGUGCGGCCAACAAGACCAAGUGGAACCUCUCUGGUAACGGUGGACGGACUAUUUGCUGA